AUGUGGGCCUUGUUGCUGCUGCUGCUGCUGCUGCUACCGCCGCCCACGGCGCUGCGCCUGAGCCGACCAGGGCCUCCACAGGAGAGGGCCCCUCUUUUCCGGCUCACUCAGCAGGGCCCCUGGGGGAGCGGGGCCAGCAAGGCCACGGUCUCGCCCUGCGAGGGGCUCCCCGCUGCGGGGGCCACGACCUUGACCCUCGUGAACCGCAGCCUGGAGCGCCUCCCCGGCUGCCUGCCGCCCGCGCUGCGCAGCCUCGACGGCAGCCACAACCUGCUGCGCGCCCUGAGCGCACCGGAGCUGGGCCACCUGCCGCACCUGGAGGUGCUGACGCUGCGCCACAACCGCAUCGCCGUGCUGCGCUGGGGCCCCGGCGGGCCUGCGGGGCUGCACACCCUGGACCUCAGCUACAACCGGCUGGCCGCCCUGCCGCCGUGCGCCGGGCCCGCGCUGCGCAGCCUCCGCGCGCUGGAGCUCGCCGGGAACCCCCUGCAGGCGCUGCAGCCCGGGGCCUUCUCCUGCUUCCCCGCGCUGCGCCUCCUCAACCUCUCCUGCACCGCGCUGGGCCGCGGCGCCCAGGGGGGCAUCGCCGACGGGGCCUUCGCUGGAGCGGGCCGCGCACCCCUGGCCACGCUCGAGGUCCUGGACCUCAGCGGCACGUUCCUCACGCGGGUUCAGUCAGGGUGGAUCAGAGACCUGCCAAAGCUCACGUCUCUUUACCUGAGGAAGAUGCCCCAGCUGACGAGCCUGGAAGGAGACAUUUUCAAGAUGACCCCUGACCUGCAGCAGCUGGAUUGUCAAGAUUCCCCAGCACUUACCUCUGUCCAUACACACAUCUUUCAAGACACUCCUCGCCUACAGGUCCUUCUUUUCCAGAACUGCAACUUGAGUUCCUUCCCUCCUUGGAACCUGCAUUCUUCCCAGGUCCUAUCCAUCAACCUCUUUGGCAACCCCCUCACUUGCAGCUGUGAGUUGUCCUGGUUCCUCAAGGAUGCAGAGAGGAUUGUCUUAACCAGGGCAGCAGACACAGUGUGCACACCAGCUGCAGGAUCCAGCGGCACCUUCUCAGCCCCUCUUUUGCUCUCUCAGCUGCCAGGCGUGUGCCAUUCAGACCAAAGCACCACCCUCCUUGAUUCCAACCCACCCUCCCCUGUCCUCUCCACCCUGGCACCAUCUACGCAGGGUCCCUCCACCCUGAAGGGCACAGCCCCGCCCACUAAACCUGCGGGAGGCCACCAAAGUGUCACCAAGGCCCCCUCCCUGCCUGUGGAUUCCCCCACUGGAGCUGCAUGGCAGUACAGCAGUGUCAGGGAGGGGACUACCCCCUCCACCUCCACAGUAGGUUCCAGCAACUCCAGAGAUCCCCCCCGGGCUGCAAGCACAGCUGGGACAAAGCACCAAGAAGAACAUGCUGCCUGGCUUGCCCUUGAGCCCAAUAUCUCAGCUGCCUCCACCGCCUCAGCCAGCAAGCUUGGUCUCUUCCCCACCUCCGGGAACUCAGUGAGCACACCCCAGGCCGACGGGAGGACGCAGGCCGCCCUGCAGGCUCCCCACCCGAGUCCUUCUGAGGGCAGCGUUCCCAUCUUGCUGUUGGACGACGCCGGUGAGGAGGAGGAGGAGAGGGAGAAGGAGGAGGUUAGAGCGCCUCCCCAGGAUGUCCCCUGUGAUUACCACCCUUGUAAGCACCUCCAGACCCCGUGCGCAGAGCUGCAGAGGCGCUCGCGGUGCCGGUGCCCUGGCCUCAGCGGGGAAGACACCGUCCCAGACCCUCCCAAGCUGCAAGGGGUGUCAGAGACCACCGACACGUCCGCGCUCGUCCGCUGGUGUGCCCCCAACUCGGUGGUGCACGGGUACCAGAUCCGCUACUCCCCGGAGGGCUGGCCGGGGAACCAGUCGGUGGUGGGGGACAUCUAUGCCACCGCCCGGCAGCACCCUCUGUACGGGCUCUCGCCGGGCACCACGUACCGCGUGUGCGUCCUGGCGGCCAACAGGGCGGGCUUGAGCCCGCCGCGGACCUCGGGCUGGAGGGGGCCGUGCGCCGCCUUCACCACCAAGCCCAGCUUCGUGCUCAUCUUCGCGGGGCUGUGCGCCGCCAGUGGCCUACUGCUCGUCAGCACCCUGCUUUUGGCCGCGUGUCUCUGCAGGCGGGGCCGGACGCCACGCCGGCAGCGCUACGACACGCACGUGGUGGCCUACAAAAACCCAGCCUUUGACUACCCGCUUAAGCUCCAGACCUGCAAUUAG